GGCAAAACUUCCCAAACGGACACGUCUCAAACUCAAAUGGGCAAAUCUUCGAAGUUUCAAACGCUGGGCUCACAAGUUAAGCCAAAAAUCAUCCUCAAAGCAAAAGCAAAAGCAAAAGCAAAGCACCCAAGUUUCAGUAAGGACUUCUCCUUUUCUGUGCUUUUUUUAUAAUCUUAUUAAUUAAGAUAAGCAGCACUGCCGCAGCUCCAUAGACUUCACUGUGUUUUCUUUAUUUGGAUGCCAAAAAGAUUGGAGCCAAGAGAGAGUGGGUGUCUAAAGAAAACCCAAGUCUCUUGACUACAGAGAUGGGUACUUUGACUGUUGCUUCCUCUGUGCUUCCUUCGGAUUUCAAACCUUCACUCUCUCUAUCUGAUCACAGAGGCUCUCUCCUGCACUGUACAAAAAUACCCAAGAAAAGAAACAGGGCCAUGGUUCCUGUUGCAAGGCUAUUUGGGCCAGCCAUAUUUGAAGCGUCAAAGCUGAAGGUUCUGUUUUUAGGAGUGGAUGAGAAGAAGCACCCAGGGAACCUUCCAAGAACUUACACCCUUACUCACAGUGAUAUCACCUCAAAACUCACUCUGGCAGUUUCACAGACAAUUGACAACUCUCAGUUGCAAGGGUGGUACAACAAGUUACAGAGAGAUGAAGUUGUGGCUGAGUGGAAGAAAGUUAAGGACAAGAUGUCUCUUCAUGUUCACUGCCACAUAAGUGGAGGUCAUUUCCUUCUAGAUCUGUUUGCAAGGCUGAGAUUCUUCAUCUUCUGCAAAGAACUUCCUGUUGUUUUGAAGGCCUUUGUUCAUGGGGAUGGCAAUCUGUUCAGCAAGUUCCCAGAAUUGCAGGAGGCUUCGGUUUGGGUUUACUUCCACUCAAGCAUUCCAGAAUUCAACAAGGUGGAAUGUUGGGGUCCACUCAGUGAUGCAGCAGCACCUUGUAGAAGUGGGCGAGGUGGGGUCCACCAGGAAAACAGGGAGGAAACUUCUCCAAGCAACUGGGACUUGCCAGAGCCAUGCCAAGAAAAGUGUAGCUGUUGCUUCCCACCAUUGAGUUUGGUUCCGUGGCCCCAAGAGCUUCCCCAUGUAAAUGAAACUAGAUAUGGUCCCCAGCAGCGAUUUGAGGGCCAAACCCAAGAAACAAACUAAAACAAUUUCCUUAGUUUGUUUGAUUUGAUGUAAAUAGAAACAUAUUUUGUUUUAGGAAGUCAGACUUAUUCAUGGUCAGACCAAAUCCCAUUCAAGCACUAUGAAUCAGUGUUCUUGAACGGGGCUGUGCUAUCUAUCAUCAGUAUGUUCCAGUUCUGGUUGCCAAGUUACUGUAAAUGUAGUUGGGGCGUUAUUUGCAUCAACUAUUAAAUUGUAAAAGUAGAUGAAUAUUUAAAUAGAUAGAUUCGAUAUAUGUUUUUCUAUUA